AUGACCUCGGAGCUGGAGAGUAGCCUGACGUCCAUGGACUGGCUGCCACAGCUGACCAUGCGGGCUGCCAUCCAGAAGGCAGACGCCCAGAACGCCCACGGGCCAGGCAUGGCCAAGAAGAGCGCUCUGCUGGACCCCAACACCACACUGGAUCAGGAGGAGGUGCAGCAGCACAAGGACGGGAAGCCGCCCUACAGCUACGCCAGCCUCAUCACCUUCGCCAUCAACAGCUCGCCAAAGAAGAAAAUGACCCUGAGCGAGAUCUAUCAGUGGAUCUGUGACAAUUUCCCCUACUACCGGGAGGCAGGCAGUGGCUGGAAGAACUCAAUACGGCACAAUCUGUCACUGAACAAGUGUUUUCUCAAAGUGCCUCGCUCCAAAGAUGACCCAGGAAAGGGUUCGUACUGGGCGAUCGACACAAAUCCAAAGGAGGACACAUUGCCCACACGGCCCAAGAAGAGACCUCGGUCUGGAGAGCGGGCUUCCACACCCUACAGCCUGGAGUCAGAGUCUCUGGGAAUGGACUGCAUCAUCUCCGACACUGCCUCUCCGACGCUGGCGAUCAACACUGUGACUAACAAGGUGGCAUUGUACAACCCAGACCAGGAUGGGAGUGACAGUCCUAGAAGCAGCCUUAAUAACAGCUUGUCUGACCAGAGUCUGGCCUCGGUCAAUUUGAACAGCGUGGGCAGCAGUGUGCACAGCUACACGCCGGUGACGAAUCACCCGGAGCCGGUGUCCCAGUCCCUGUCUCUGCAGCAGCCGCAGCAGGCUCAGUACAGCAUCCCCGACCGGGACAAGCAGCUCCUCUUCUCCGACUUCGAAGAUCUCAGUGCCUCAUUCCGCAGCCUCUACAAGUCUGUGUUUGAGCAGUCCUUCAGCCAGCAGGGUCUGAUGGGCAUGCCGUCUGAGUCGUCCCAGCAGAGCCACACGUCCUGUUCCUACCAGCACUCCCCAAGCAGCACCACCAUCGCCCACCCCCACACCAACCAGAGCAGCCUCACCCCCUCACACCCCAACAACAUCCCCAACAAUGGCAGCCAGGUGCCCCUGUCCCACUCCUCUCACGGCCAGCACCUGCCCCAGCACGGCCCGCACGCCCACGCCCAGCACCCGCAUGCAACACACGCCCAACACCAGGCCCACGCCCAGCACAGCCAGCACACCCAGCACACCCAGCACACCCAGCACAGCCAGCACGCCCAACACAGCCAGCACGCCCAACACAGCCAGCACACACAGCACUCUAGCCAAGCCCAACACCAGAGCCUUCCUCACCAGCCCCAUCCAGGCCAGCAACAGAUGCCCUGCAGCACCGGUCUGCCUAGCGACUGGUACCCCAACCUGGAUGCACUGAAAGAAAGCUGUCGUAUCGCCAGCAGCUACAACUGGGCUGAUGUGGACCUCUCUCCCUUUCAAGGACUUAGGGAGAGUAUGAGGCAGGCCGAGCUGAAUAACUGGUCCCUGGAGCCGACCCAGAUCGCAGACCUGUGCUCCUCCAUCAACCAGUUUUUUGCCCGCACCGGAGUCAUACAACCACAGGGGGCAGUGCAGACACCCGUGUGUCACGGCUCCAUGCAUCCCAGUAAGCCUAGCCAGCACAUCAAUACAGGAAACAUGUACAUGGACACAAGACAGAGCAUGUCCUCCAUGAUGGGUCCUCCCGGAUAUCCCCACAUGCCCCCGAUGAGCAGCGCAAGCAACACCAUGACAGGCCAUCAUGCACAGAUGAACCAGCAGCACAUGAUACCCAACCCAAGCUUCCAGAUGCGUCGCAUGCCUGCCGAUGACAUCCAGGACGACUUCGACUGGGACUCUAUCGUCUAGCCCCGCGCACGCGCGCGCGAGCGAGACGGGACGAGAGUCGCGGGCAAGCGAGUCGCACGGGAGGAGAGCAGAGUGUGUGUGAGCGGGAGGGAAGAAGUGAGGACUACACCUCAGACGUCUGCACGCCCCUCCACUGGAAUCGGUUUGGAACAGGCCGCUUCAUAAAAGUGCAGGGGCCACCGUUAUGAGCUGAAAGAGACUUCUGUUGUUGUGGUGUUUUUAAGAAAUGAGACAAAAAGAAAACAAACCAACAAAAAACAAAAACAAACAAAAAAAAAGUUACUUUGAAGACAAUCACGUUUACUAGGACAUGCGCAAGUGAUUGCUUUGUACUUGUCCGAGUGACGAGGCGCUCAUGUUCAUGUUAAAUGUAACCCCUCCCUCCCCUGUGGCAAUCCCCCAUUGUGUCCUGACCACCUGCCUUUCUGCAAGUCUGCUCCUAGGUCGAGCUUUUCCCUGCCUUUUAACUGUUGUGUGAUUUUUAUAAUUCUGUUUUUAUUUCGUUUGGUUUCUGAGUGAUCUGUUUGGCGUACUCUCCCUGUCUGGCGUGGCGUCAUGUGACACCGGCCUCAGCACCCUCGCUGCUCUCGUUCAUCAUGAUGCCCCCCUCAGGCCACCUUUUGCACAGCAGGCCAGCUUCUUUUUUUUUUUUUUCUUCUUUUUUUUUUUUUUUAUAUAUAAAGGUCAUGUGACAGUCAUGUGACGCAGCUGCCCUGUCCCUGCUGGGCACUUAUGGCUCUGAAGCUCUCUAUGGACUUUAGUGCUCUGACACACCAGCUGGGCCUUGAUUCUGCAGCGUGUACAAACGUCGCCAAGCAACCGACUCGGAUUGGAUCUCCACUAGCAAAAUGGUUAUUCAUUGUCUUCUAGGCGAUCGGUGCGGCUCAUGAGACAUUUGUAAAUUUAACCACAUUACCUGCAGUAUUUGUACUUGUGUAUCUUUGCCGGUGACAAUGUAUCAGACUCUUGGCGCUAAUAGUUUUUUAAAAUGGCAGGAAACUGUGCAACAGGAAGUCAAAUCAGACCUCACUUUUGAUUAAUCCCUUGUUCAUUCCUGUUUCCCUUUCUUCUUUUCCAUGUACAAUCUUUUGCUGCUGUUCCUCUGCCAGACUGGCUGCCUGAGCGUUAGCGUGUCAUAUUUAGGAACAAUGGCCCGUUGUCACGGCGACAGGAGGCGGGGCUUCAGAGGCCGGCGUGGGCAGCUGGGCUUUCUGCCCAGCGCUGUGCGUUCACGCCGGUGUGCCAGCGCACCUUCACUAAAUGGACUGCACCAAUAAAAGUCCUCUUGCACCAACCAUCAUGAAAUUCUUCACUGAGAGUCUGUUCCAGCAACAGUCUUGAACACGGGGCACCUUGUUGGACCCUUUUAGUGCGAAUAUUGGGAGAAUUGGAAUAACUAGAGAGAGAAGGAAUGAUUUGCUUUGAAGGUUUACAUUAGAACAGCAUUGCCUAAAGAUUUCAAAUUAACUGCCAUAGAAAGAGAGAACCAUUGACUUAAGAUUCAGAGCUGGAGAUUCGCUCGGUCGUAGUCGCAGUAAAAGUCAAAGCAUGCAAGGGUCUGAGCCCUAGGCACCUUUAAUUUUAUUCUGAGCCAUUCACGAGUGACCAGCUGCAGUAUAUGGGUGCAAUAUUAGUUGGGGGUUCUUUUGUUGGUUGGUUGGUUUUGUUUGUUUGUGUGGUUUUUUUUUAGAACUGUCGAUUAUGAUCACAAUCAUUUCUACCAAUGAGCACAAAGCUGGUGGGUGAGAGGUGGGGCUAGACCUAGAGUAGUUUGGAGGCCUAGGAGGGUUUGAGGGGACGGUUAAUGUUGAAGUCCUCUGCGCAGAUCACUGGUGCAGCAGCGAAUAGAGAGGCUUAUAGAAGCAGCUUCUUAGAGAUAUUAAACUUAAAUUCAAGCCAUAGCUGGAAGGUUGGAGGGCUUCGAGUGGCUUCUGUGUUACCAACUUUUAAAGCUCCUUCCCCAGUCCCAUACACCUCUGUUCUCUGGUUCUGGUCAUGUAUAGUGUAACAGCUUGUUUGUCCUAUAAUAAAUUAACCUUCUGAAAUUGUAAUUGCACAUUGAUAUUUAAUAUUUUGAUAAGUUAUCAUGACUAUGGCCUAUCGACAAUCAUGCUUUGUAUUUCAGUAUUACAGAAUCUACACACUGAGUAUUGUUGCUUAUGCUCUGCUUGUAUAAUAGGUUCAUAAAUCCAAGACCCCACGACAUCAUAGAUUAAUAACCUUAACUGGUACAUAUAUCAACAUGAAAGAACUGCUACUCCAACCUCACCAGUACUCUCUUUCGUGGAUUAAAAACAGAAACGAGUCCUUUCCACAGUGCCCGCUGAUGCUCUGCCUAGUUUGAGCUACUUUUUUGAUCAGAUCUGACCACGUGUCCUGUGAAGUAUCCAGUCAGGGUCUGUGCUUGCUAUAGGCAGAUCCUCCCCCGCUGCUCAGCUGAGCGUGGCCAUCACCAGAGCUGUGGAGUUCAAAUUCAGAAAGUAGAGAGUUCUCACCGGGGUUUUGUUCCAGCGUAAAUAUGCUAAUUGGCUCAGACCAGCAGGUAGAAAUCAUUGGUGAAAUAAGCUUUGUCAUUUUAAAAAAAAAAUGGAUUAUGGCAGCACAUUUUGAACCUGAAACUUACACCUCUGGCUGUCAAAAAAAAAAUUGUAAUGUUUGACCACGUUAAUUUGAUUAUUUAAUUGAUGCCUAGCUCAGUUCAAUUAUUUAAACAUGAUUGUUUUGGGAAAAAGUAUACCAAUAUGUCUUUUUUAAUCUUUUUUUUUUUUUUUUUUUUUUUUUUUUUUUUUUUAACAAUGUAAUGUCUAAAGCCAUGCUUUCAAAGUGAAACUCAUUUUUCUGUCCAGUUGUUUAUUUUUUGUUUUGUUUUUUUAAUUAUCAUGUGGUUCUGCACAUAAAAUUUAGAGGCUACAAAGCAGUCUAAGAUUAUUCUCUAGGAAGUGUUUACUCUUUUCUUUGUAUUCCAUGUUGGACAGUUCAGAGAGACUUUCCUUUUUUCAGUGUCUUAUUGUUCACGUUUGAUGUGGAUCUCUGUAUCCAUAAUCAUUUUUCUUUUCUCAUCUCAUCUUGCCUUUCUUAAAUAUUGUUUGUGUUUAUAAACCUUCUUUGAUCCGGUAGUCAUAAAAACCUUUUCUGGAAAGUUCUGCAUACUGCUUGCUUGUCAUUUGAGCAAUUUGAAAAGAAGCAGAACUUUAAAGCACAACUGCAUGUCAUAUGUGUCAGGAUAUGCCUGGCCUUGACCUUUGCCCUCCAAACCCCUCCACUGGGAUGUUUGUCUCGAUGUGCUGCCCACAAAAUGAUUGUUUAAGCUGGCAAAAUUUGCCAUAGGUACCUCUCUCUCUCUCUCUCUCUCUCUCUCGCGCUCACUCACUCACACACACGUGCACACACACACACACACACACAUAAUUUGAACUUGGGACAGAGGAUUGCAGAUCCAAAGGCAGCAGGCAAUAGCAUUUUUUAUAGGUGAAGAGAAAAGUAAGCAAGUGUGCACCCAGGCUGAGGGAGCUUAUGUAUUAGUUCCUCUCAAAAAAGUUCCUCUCUCCAGCUGUGUGAUGUGUGAAAGUUGUGAUUGUUUAGAGACAAUUCCAUUUUAGGUAACCAAGUGGAGGUGCACCUGCCAGAGAGAUUACUAUGUAAGGGGACUGUGUGAGAAACCUUGUUACAUUUAAGGGAGAAAACUGCCAACAAGUUCUGGUAUUUGAGGCCUGUUUUAUUCAUUGUAGGUGUGGUGUUGUGCUUAUUGUAAAUAAAUGUCUUUUCAAUCGUCCUUUUUUCCUUGGGUGGGGGUGGGCGGUGUAAGGCAAAGCCUUGGGAUGACCAUGAAAGAAGAGGGAGAAACAGAGUAUUUUGUUAUUGUCCAAUCCAAGGGUGAUACAGUAUGUAAAUAUCUAUAUUGUAUAUAUGUGAUAAAUGCAUUGGCUUUUUGUGUGACACUACCUUUUAUCUGUACUAUGGUUCAACAUUAAGUGUAUUAAUGUUUAUAUUAUAUUUUAAUCUUUGUUUUCUGUUCGCUUUGUCCGUGUCAUUUCUCGUAUGUUUCUUUUAUUUCCUUGUUUUUGUUUGUUUAUUGCACGGUUUAUUACUUUUGCUGUCCAACAAAAUGACACAGCUCCCCUUUGUAUCGGUUUUGUGCUGUAACAUAUCUCUGAAGUGUCAUUAGGAUCGUCAGUACCCCUCCCCCCAUAUGCAUGAAUGGCACUUAAAGAAAUAAAAUAUGUUAACUUCACUGUGGAA